CCAGGAACUUUGACGCAAUUUGCAAAUGGCCGUGAAAAGGACUGAACUCGAGAAUCGAGGGUGUAUGAAAGGCUAAUGGUGGAUUGUACCGUGAUAAAAACUUGUGUAUAAUUCUAUAUUCAGUGUGGUGCUGUGCAAGAUACAAAAUGUGCCAAAAAGUGAGAAUCCAGUCUUAAUGUUGGUAUAGGACGCGCCCGAAAACCGCUGGAGCGACGAUCGAAGGGACAUUGCUGACAGAAGGGUAAAAUCCUGAUAUCAUUUUUGCCUAAUCAGGUCGUAGCGUAGCGCAUUAUCGGACGCGCGCGCGGUUGUCGAGCGGUCGUACAUUAAGAGGCCAGUGGCUAAGCACCCACCAUGAAUGAAUUGGACAGCCUGCGACAGGAGGCGGAGACGCUCAAGAAUGCUAUCAGAGAUGCUAGGAAGGCGGCAUGCGACACGUCGCUGGCGCAGGCGACCGCCAACCUGGAGCCCAUCGGGCGCAUACAGAUGCGCACGCGACGCACGCUGCGCGGUCACCUCGCCAAGAUCUACGCCAUGCAUUGGGGCAGCGAUUCCAGGAACCUGGUAUCGGCGAGUCAGGACGGCAAGCUGAUAGUGUGGGACAGCCACACCACGAACAAGGUGCACGCGAUACCGCUGCGCUCCAGCUGGGUGAUGACGUGCGCGUACGCACCCUCCGGCUCGUACGUCGCGUGCGGCGGUCUAGACAAUAUAUGCUCCAUUUAUAGUUUGAAGACGCGCGAGGGCAACGUGCGCGUGUCCCGCGAGCUGCCGGGCCACUCGGGCUACCUCUCCUGCUGCCGGUUCCUCGACGACAACCAGAUCCUCACCAGCUCCGGCGAUAUGACAUGCGCCCUGUGGGACAUCGAGACGGGCCAGCAGUGCGGGCAGUUCACGGGGCACACGGGCGACGUGAUGUCGCUGUCGCUGGCGCCCGACCAGCGCACCUUCGUGUCGGGCGCCUGCGACGCGUCCGCCAAGCUGUGGGACAUCCGCGACUGCGCCUGCAAGCAGACCUUCCCCGGCCACGAGAGCGACAUCAAUGCCGUCACGUUCUUCCCAUCCGGGUUCGCGUUCGCGACGGGGUCGGACGACGCGACGUGCCGCAUGUUCGACAUCCGCGCCGACCAGGAGCUCGCCAUGUACUCGCACGACAACAUCAUCUGCGGCAUCACGUCCGUCGCCUUCAGCAAGUCCGGCCGCCUGCUGCUGGCCGGCUACGACGACUUCAACUGCAAUGUGUGGGACUCUAUGAAGAGUGAACGCGCUGGUAUCCUGGCCGGCCACGACAACCGCGUAUCAUGCCUGGGCGUCACCGAGAACGGCAUGGCCGUCGCCACCGGCUCCUGGGACUCGUUCCUGCGCAUCUGGAACUAAGCCCCCCCCCCACCUGCCCCACCCCGGACACCCCGCUCCACCCCACCACUCGUCUACUCACUCACUUGCUAUACUAUUCACCUACGAUGACGUAACGCGUUCUAGAAGCUUAUAGAUGCUUCCAGAACGUGUGACGGCAUCGUCGCCGUCGGUAGCGAGUGGAUGGUCAUAACUUGAAUGAAUUUCUCGAUGGUUAGCCCCAGUUUAGCCGGUGAUGUCAGUUUCUAGUUUUAUAUAUUCGAUAUCAAAUGCGGUGUGUGAAUGUGUUAGCUUCUAAUUUUGAUAUCGUAACGCUGACGAUGGUCUGUAUUUCCUCGUUCGGUUCGGCCAUCGCAGGCAUUGAGGAGGCUCAAUGAUUAACGAAAUUCGAUUUUGUGAGACCUCAAGAACUUUGGUCUUUAUUGUAAAGGGGCGGCUGUAACGGUUUAUUUACUAAACUCUACACCUGUAUAAAGACUUGUCCAGUCAUCUUGUAGUUUAUUAUCAUUAAACAAUAAUUUCUGAUCUGAUGCACAGAGGACUUCGUGUAUAUAAUGUCGUAUUGUGUUGUUACACUGGAAGGCACAAUGUACAGCGCAGUAUGUUCGUACAUUACAGCGCACAAAACAACGCACAUGCUUCGAAACUGCGCAAAUACACAAUACAAUACGACUCGGCCGCGUCUCACGGGAACAAACCCGUACAAAAAACUCGCUUUAUUUAUUUAUAAUUAUAAUUUCUAACAAUAUUAAAAGCAUUUAAACAACUUUUAGGGAGGUAUGUAGUUUACAUUUGUAUGUAUGUGUGCGUUAGAUGUGCGAGUGUGUGAGCGUCACUACGGAUCCAUUGUUCACUGCAUAACGUAUAUAAUUAUAAUAUAAUGUAAUGAUUGAUAUAUAAUUAACGAUAGACGCUGGACACCUUUCCAAGGAGGGGUUCUUAGCUGCCGGAAACAUUUUCUGUUUAUUGGUAAGUAGAAUUCAUGUUUUGCACCAAUUUCAAGUAUUUGUCAGGCCAAAUGUAGGGUUCCGAAGUCCAAACCAAGAUCAGAAUUUGUAACAAAAAACUUUUUGGAUGAUAAAGUCUUAAAAUAUUGGAGAAAUGUAGGGGUGUACUUUAUUUUGUUGCAAAUAUAAUAUUGCACAUUUAAGUGUAUUAGAAGUCGAUGUGAAAUAGCUUCUUCUAUCUUUGUUUUCUAUUACUGUUAAUUCAGCGCGUUACUAUAUUUUCUUUACAAUAUCUGUCGUAAAUUCUUUCUACAUUGGAUGUGAAUUUGUGUGUCGCUGAUUACCAGAAAUAGGAAAGAAAUAGCCAUAAGUUAAAUUCUAUUAAUUGUAUAUUAGUGAUGAUUAGUUCAACACAAUGUCUGACUCGUAACUCUUUGCGUUUCAGGUGACAACAUCGCACAACAGAAUACUAUCUAUAAAAAACUAUAAUUAAAGAACCAAAUAUUAAUUAUAAAUGUAUCUAUGCAUAACUUAUUGAAUGAGAACAUUAUUUUCGUUUCUCGUCACUUUAAUGUAAUCCUAUCGUGGGUGAGCUAUAUAUUUAAUAUAUGUUUUAGAUUAGUCAACACACCGGUUUGUUAUUAGUAAAGCGAGAUUCUAAUGAUCUCUAUUGACGAAAAUCAAUCAUUUUUUGUACCAACGUAAGGGCGUUAGUACAUGAGCGUAACAAGACGCACUACAUCGCGAAAUUACUUACUCUCAUGUGCAAACGCCUUUACAAGACAUUCACGAAUUGUAAAAUGAGAUCUAAAUCUUAAUCUAGGCUUUAAGCGUACAAUUACAAUGAUUUAUACUUUGACAUGCAAUAUAAUUUAUCUAUAUCCAA